GUGACCAACAUCCCGAUCGGCAUGGUAACGGAUCAGUUUGGGAUGAUCGGCCUGUUGACGUUCAUCCGGGCGGCAGAGACCGACCCCGGCAUGGUGCACUUGGCUCUGGGCUCCGACCUCACAACGCUGGGCCUCAAUCUCAACUCACCGGAGAAUCUUUAUCCUAAGUUUGCGUCUCCCUGGGCGUCGGCUCCGUGUCGACCGCAGGACAUAGACUUUCACGUCCCCUCAGAGUAUUUAACCAACAUCCACAUAAGGGACAAGUUAGCAGCUAUCAAGUUGUCGCGGUAUGGAGAAGAUCUGCUGUUUUACCUCUACUACAUGAACGGAGGAGACCUACUACAACUUCUGGCUGCAGUAGAACUGUGAGACACGAAAACACACAAAUAACAAUAAACUGCACAAAACAUA